UAUGCAACCAGCAGACGCUGUAGUUUCGGUUUUGAUUGCAGUUGCAAGAAAACAAAAAUGAACAGAAAAGAUGUGGCUAAACGUUUUCCUGUUAAGGUGGAGUUGCAUGUUCAUUUGGAUGGAGCUGUCAGAACACAGACAAUCUUGGAUAUUGGCCAAAAACGUGGCAUCAAGCUUCCUGCGAGCACUGUAGAUGGACUGAACAAGGAAAUUGUCAUUAGUUAUGGCGCAUCCCUGGAUACCCUGCUGGCAAGUUUUCACAUCUUCGCACCAGUUUUUGCUGGUGACAGAGAUGCAGUCUACACAAUGGCGUAUGAGUUCUGUGAGGACUGCGCACGGCAAGGUAUAGUGUACGCCGAGGUUCGGUAUUCUCCGCAUCUCCUCGCUAACACGUUCGACAAGCCGGCUUAUGCAAGGGAAAGUGGAAGCUUUUCGCCGCGAGACGUUGUGUGUACUGUUAACGAGGCCCUGGAGAAAGGCUCGAGGGAUUUUAACAUCACCGUGAAAUCCAUUUUGGCCUGCAUUAGAUCCAGCUCAGAAUGGUCUAAAGAGGUGGCUAGCCUGUGUAAGGAAUUUCGGAACAGCGGUGUGGUCGGUAUUGACAUCGCAAUGUCCGAGUUUCUAAGCGACCAACAUCCAGAUGAGUGUCCACAUAGACAGGCUUUCCUCACUGCAAAGAACGACGGCAUACAUCGGACAACACACGCGGGGGAGGUCGGCGAACCGGCCAAUGUGUACGAGGCGCUGGAUGAUUACUAUGCUGAAAGAAUUGGACAUGGCUACCGCAGUAUUCUAGAUGCCAAAUUGUAUGAGAGAAUAAAACGGGAGGGCAUCCAUUUUGAGACGUGUCCCAUAUCCAGUCUGAAGACGGCUGGAGCAUCAAGUAGAACUGACCAUCCGAUUCUCAGGUUCGCCACUGAUGGCGCUAACUUCUCCAUCAACACAGACGACCCAACCGUCCUGGGUAAUGACCUGACAGAUGACUACCUCAUGGCUCUCGAGUUCGGAUUGACGGAAAAACAAAUACAGACAUCGAUUUUUAAUGCUGCAUGGUCGAGCUUUGCUUCCGACAAGGAGAAGCAAGAGAUAAUAAAGAAACUGGUCGAAGUGUAUGGUGAAAACUAACACAGCGGAGACGCCAGAACUAUGCAGGACAAUAAUUUACAAUGUACAUGUACAUGUAUACUAGCUGCAUCGUAAUUGGAAAAAAAAGAACAUUAUUCAGUUGACUAAAAAUAUGCAACACAAUUAACAAUAGCAGUACUGUGAUAAAAAAGGAAAGAAGAUUAUUUAGUUCAGACUGAAAAGAUUAUUCAGUUAAGACUAAAAUAUAUAACACAAUUAACAAUAACUGCACGUUGAUUUAAAAAAAGGAAAGAUUAUUCAGUUAAGACUAAUUUAUACAAUACAAUUAACAAUAGCUGCACUGUGAUUUUAAACAAGAAAAUAUUAUUUAGUUAAGAUUGAAAAGAUUAUUCAGUUAAGACUUAAAUAUUCAACACAAUUAACAAUAUAACUACAAUGCAAUUUUAAAAAAAGAUCAUUUAGUUAAGACUGAAAGGAUUAUUCAGUAAUUAAGACUAAAAUGUAAACACAAUUAACAAUAGAAUGUAGCUGCACUUUGAUUUUAAAAAAGAAAAGAUUAUUCAUUUAAGACUAGAAAUAUACAACACAAUUAAUAACAGCUGCACUUUGAUUUUAAAAAGGUUUAAAACUCCAGAAAACUACGAAUUAUAGAAAACAAUUAGUAAUAGAUUACUGCACAUUGGUUUUUUCAAAAGAAUUAAAUAGAAGACUAUAGACUAUAAACAGAGGCAGAUCUAAAGGGGGGGGGGGGGGGCAGGGGCCCGGUCCCCCACUAAAUUUUGCGAGUUAUAAUUUUAUUAUAUAUUAAUUUAAAAACAUUUUAUGAUCCCCAUCCAAACCUCCCCCAAAGUUCCCUUGUCAUUUCGCCUGUCAUUGGGCUCCCCCCCCCCCCCCCCAAAUGGAUUUUCUGGAUCUGCCACUGAUAGAGAACAAUUAAUAAUUGCACUGCUGUGAGUUAAUUUUUAAAAGGAUUAAAGAGAAGACUUAGAAUUAUACAUUGUACAUAACAAUAGCUGAACAAGAAUUAUACAUAUCAGUUAAUAGUACAUGUACAUGUAGAUGCAUUGUGAUUGAAAAAAAAGAAGAUUAAUGGUUUAUUCCGAUGAAUACAACAAUAGGUGCAUGACUCUUGUACUUUAAAUCCAUUUUAUCUGUAUAUAUGUAAUUGUAAUCAAUUAUGUAAUUAGAAGUUAACAGUUGGGUGCAAACUGAUCAUAACUGAUGAUCAAUGAUGAAAUUUUACUUUUAACUACAACACCAUGACAUUCAAAAAAGAUAUUAUACACGGGGAAUAACUGGUUACUGUCUUAAGAUAUCGGGUUUAUCCUACAUUCGCCAUUCGACCUGAGCAGGAUAAAGCCGAUAUCUUAAGACAGUAACCUAUUAUUUCUUUUAUUCUGCAAUUCUACAGGAAUAGUCAAAAAAUCAUUAUUUAUUCCAUUUUUGUGUACGCAAAUCGAGUAUUACACACAAGAUACAUGACGUCUUUUUUGUUUGUUAAGAUGCUAGCUACAUUCUGUCACAUUCAAAAAUACAAGUUUUAUAUUGUUAUCACAAAACUUAAAUAUAUUCUUAUUUACUGUACUAAAACAAAUAAUUUAAAGAGUGUUCAUUAAAAAUCUAGUCUGAAAUACUCGAGUCGAGUCGAUCGGGCCUAUGUCACAUGACCUAUAUUUUUUUGUCAUUGACAAAAGAAUUGGGCACAAGUUUGACAACUUACGAGGCCCUCUUCUAUAUUCAUACAAUAUACUUGGCAACCUAUAUUACAUACAUGUAGCUGUAAAUAUAAACUACAUGUAUACAUUCAAGGAUAACCAGUGCAAGGAAAUGUAUUAUAUACAAAAGAAUGUGAAUAAAACAAAAUGAUGCAAAAAUUACACAAAUAGUACAUCAUGUGCAGUUAAACUCGCAAUCACAUUUACAAAUAAUCCUUAUGGUAAUUUAAAUAAUACUGUAUUAAUCAAAAUGAUGAGUUUUUUAAUAUAUAUUUGAACAUAAGUAAAUAUUUCUUUAUUAUUAGCAUUGUUUAAUGUGCUUCGACCAUAUACACGUAACAGUACAUGUAAUUAUAAAUCUAUUGGUUGAAAAUGGUGUAAGGAAUUACAUAGAAUCUGUCUCUGUUGUUCAUAUUUUUUACAUUGAAAGAAAAAAAUUAAUAUUGUUUUCUAAUCUGUAUCCAUUUACACGAAGGGUCUGUGGUAAGUCCACAUCUGUAAAAAUCGGCGUUUAAAGGGCUACAUCCAUGUCGCAAUCUUGUAUACAUGUAAUAUAUUUUUUGUUCUUUUUCCAUGAGGAAAAUAAUAUGGAACUUUAUUUGCCAUAUGGAACUUUAUUUGCCACAUUCAACAGCCGAAUGGCUACAAAAUCUUCCAAAGUACACAGUUCUAGUUCCGGUCAAUUGACGUCAAAUUCUUUCUUUCACGUGAGCGGUGCCCAGGUAUGCUCUAACAUACAUCUCAGAGAUCCUAAUUUUCCACUCACCGUCCCAAACCCUCUUCACCCUGUGUUUUCUCAUGUCCAGCAGUCCAUAAUCAUUUCUCAGCCCAACGGGGGCAAGACGUAGCCCAGUGGUAGAGUGCUCGCUUGAUGCACGGUCCGUUUGGGAUCGAUCCCCGUCAGUGGGCCCAUUGGGCUAUUUCUCACUCCAGCCAGUGCACCACGACUGGUACAUUAAAGGCUGUGGUAUGUGCUAUCCUAUGUAUGGGAUGGUGCAUAUAAAAGAUCCCUUGCUGUUAAUCGAAAAGAUUAGCUCAUUAAGUGUCGACAGUCGGUUUCCUCCCUCAAUGUCUGUGUGGUCCAUAACCAUGUGUCCGACGCCAUAUAACCGUAAAUAAAAUGUGUUGAGUGCAUCGUUAAAUAAACCAUUUCCUUCCUUCCUUCCUUCUCAGCAGAACGUAUUUCUGUUGGCUUGCUAUUUAUAUAUAAAAAGAACCAACUAAAACAGCAGGCCAUAUUUUACUUCUUGUUCGAACCUUAUGACAACUAGAAUAAAAUAGAAAUGUUUUAUUUAACGAUGCACUCAACACAUUAUUUACAGUUGUUAGGCGUCAGACAUAUGGUUAAGGACCACACAGAUAUUGAGAGGAAACCCGCUGUCGCCACUUCAUGGGAUACUCUUUUCGAUUAGCAGCAAGGGAUCUUUUAUAUGCACCGUCCCACAGACAGGGUAGUACAUACCACAACCUUUGAUAUACCAGUCGUGGUGUUGUAAUAACUAAGUCUUGUAUUCACAAAAUCAGGUUUGCCAAUCUCAGGUCACGUAUAUGAAAAUUAAAAUCAAUUAUCGUAUGCACUAGUAUUCAGUUUUUCUAUUUACUACAUUUUGCUAUACACUAGAUCAAUAUCAUAUUGUUGUGCACUGAAUCAUAUAUUAUAUAUUUUGUAAACCAAAGAAAUUCUGUUAUCUGUCAAUUUUAAGCAUGUUCUUAUUAUAUUAAAUAAAUAUUUUAAAAACAAAA